CUAUUGAGAUGCUACUCCCGCGCCGGGCGUGUCCAUUCAUUUCACGCUCGCACCACGCAAUCAGCGCAUUCGCUUCUCCCACUACGAUACCACCACUUCUGCUUUGUUUCCCUUGCCAGGCAAAGGCGUUGCCGAGGGGACUUGGUCUUAGAUUUUGUUGUUCAGGAUCGCGUGCGUCAAAAAGCCAGACCGUUGUGUGUCAAGGCAAUCUCAAGGCACAGCGAAUAAUGCCACCCCGAAAACCUAGGCGAUCGAACGGACGAAAGGCACAGCCACUGCAGCAAAAUGACGGCGAUGCGCACUUGCUAGCCGAUGGGAGUAGAUGGCGUCCGGGCAUUGGCUGUCCUUCCCGGCGCCAAAAUGCCGACAGCUACUCUGGACGUUAUGAUUCCUACCAGCCAGGAGAAAGACAAAGGCGGACGAAUGGUGAUAGUUGGCGACCGGAAAUGACCCGAUAUACCCCUCCAAGUAAUCGGAAUACAGCUGGAAACAGAUCCGCUUCGUCCUCGCAGACCGAUCCUUACCUGCAACCCAAGAUGCUGCCGCCGACGCGGUAUCAGCCGCCCCCAGCGCAAAUGAAUCAGACAUUACUGAACUUGUCCACGUUCCCCGCGACGCCCUGGAUGGUAACCCCUCCGCAUCCGUGCCCAGCUUACACACUUGAGGCUGACAGGAAUCAGCACCCUCCCGCCAUCCCAUCUAUUCCAUAUCCUCAGUUUCAGUUCCAGUACUCUUUUCCACCUCCUAUGUUACCCACUGCCUGGCCAAAUUCCGCCAAUAUGCCACAUUUCGCUCCCUUAGGUCACGUCAAUACUCCAUUCCCCCCCAUACAACCUCCAACAUAUACGCCGUCCCAUAACAUGUCGACUUCCCGCCAAAUAGCACCACCCAUUGCCCCGAUUCCUACGGAGGAAUACCUCAAGAAUGCAUCCUUGGAACCAGCGUCGACCUCCUCUCCACGUCCCCUAUUGAUUAUCCUCGACAUGAAUGGAACCUUGAUCCACCGCAAUCGGCGUUCGAUGCCAUCGGUUUUCGUCAAGCGUCCUGGCCUCGAUAAUUUCAUGAAGCACGUGCUCGAUCAGCACAAAGUCAUUAUUUGGACUAGUUCCAAACCUGGUACCGUGCGGGAGGUAAUGAAACGGCUGUUUCCCUCGGCCAUGCAGUCUAAAUUUGUUACCAUUUGGGCACGAGAUAAACUAGAUCUCACACCGGAACAGUAUAACGAGAAAGUGCAGGUGUAUAAAAAAUUGGAUAAGAUUUGGGCUGAUGACUUUAUCCAAUCGCGAUAUCCUGAGUCUAACGAUGGCGGCAAUUCCCCUGGAGGAUGUGUGUGGGAUCAAAGCAAUACGAUUCUGAUCGAUGACAGCAAGAUAAAGGCUGCAGGACAGCCGUAUAAUAUCAUUGAGAUACCCGAAUUUACCAAUGACGCAUCUGUCGACGAGAAAAGGAAUAUGACAAUUGUUCUCCGGCAGCUUCGAGUGCUUUCUAGGCAGCAGGAUGCAAGCAGAAAGCUCCGACAAUGGGCAGAGAGACGGGAGGCUGCCGAUGCAUCACUGUCAGAAACAGAGUUUUGGGAGACGGAGCUUAGAAAGGAUGAACAGGAGCUUGGGUUGGAAGACGAUAUCUCUAUCAAAAGAAAGGGAAAGAAAAAGAAGAAAGCGAAGCUUCUCACCGAAAAAGCCCCGCCUACGGCGAGUGUUGAAGAGGAAAUCAAAGAGACACAGUCAGUCCUUGAAUUGCAAGGCAAUAUUGCCGAUGACACUUCUCAACUCGAAGACGAAGUGAGUGAUGUCACAGAGGACGAUGACCAGGUGAUAUCGGUGCCCAAGGACAUUGUCGAGCGAGAUCCCGCGAUAUCCACCACUCCAAACGUACCGGCUGUCUUCCCGUGA